UUUUUCCAAAAAACCCGGUCAAAAAGAGACAUUGACCAAGCCUUUAAUGGUUUUUAUUUUCUUUUUCCUUUUGUUCCCUUUAACAGCCUCAAAUAAUCACGUUACAGCGCUGUGACACAACACUCAUGUGACAGCCGAAGCACGACUGGCGUGGAGUAAUUUCUUUCUCUCUCUAGUGGGAGCCCGCAAAACAAACUUUCAGACACAGAGGAUCGACGGCUCUGAUUUCUUGUCAGUUCUUACGUCUAUAGUAGGCCCCAUAGUGUAAUAUGGACCCACACUAAUGGAAAGACCAAACAUGGGUUUUGAAAUUUUACACUCAGCCCAUUAAGCCCAACAUGCUUGAAUAAAUUAUAAAAUAUAUAUUGGUUGACCUAACUGACUUGUUCUGACUGUCGGAUGAGCGAACCAAAAGUCAACAACUUGAAAAAGGUAAAUGACCCGACCCGACGUAAAAGACCCGCACCGACAAAGUCACGAUAGGAGCCCAAGUGGCUGUAGUGGCACAACUUUCUAUAAGGAUUUUCAGUGCGUUGGAUUAGCCUGACACGAGGAAGCUGAUCUCUACCCGUUGCUUGUGUAUGCAUCACCGUUUAAAAAUCACUCAGCCGUAGUAGAAAGUCCAAAACUUUAGAAGCUCUUCUCUGUCUAUCUCUUUGUGCAGAACACACGAAACAAUCUCACAUGGCUGCAUUUGCAACCGCAGAAGCGUGUGACAGUAACGCAGAACUAAUAUCAAACGGAGACCUACGGGCCCUCCACCCAAUCUUCAAGAUCUAUGGCCAAAGAAGAUGCUUCUCCGGACCAAUCGUGACACUCAAGGUCUUUGAAGACAAUGUCCUAGUCAGAAACCAACUAGAGACAAAAGGAGAAGGUGCAGUCUUAGUUAUAGACGGUGGUGGAAGCAUGAGGUGCGCGCUUGUUGGAGGAAACCUCGGACAGUUAGCUCAGAACAACGGGUGGGUGGGGAUUGUGGUGAAUGGAUGCGUUAGAGAUGUGGAUGAGAUCAAUGACUGCGAUGUUGGGGUUAGGGCAUUGGGUUCUAACCCGUUGAAGUCUAGUAAGAAAGGUCAUGGUGAGAAGAAUGUGCCGGUUAAUAUUGGAGGGACUUUGAUCAGGGAUGGGGAAUGGCUUUAUGCUGAUAGUGAUGGUAUCUUGAUCUCCAAGACCGAACUCUCCGUCUGAGUCAGAGUGUUCAUCUGCUAAAGUGCUAAGAGACUACUGCUGGUUUAUUUCGAACUUAUUUGUAAUAAUCGGUUUGAUAUUCUAAAAAAGAAAACCAUUUUGUGAGAUUUGUGAACUAUAUAAUAAUAAUAACAAAAUUAUUAUUAGUUCUUUUUGAAAUGAGCUACAAUAUUUAUUUA